AUAAGAAACAUAAGAGAAGUUAACGGUAAAAACGUAAUCAAAUUUUAUGGCGUUACUAAAGAUCCUUCAAAGGAAUUUCAUUCCAUGGUACUUCAAUAUUAUAAUAAACCCCUUCGAGAGCAUUUGAAAGAGGUCUUAAAACAAGAUUGGGAUUACAAAUUAAAAAUGGCCAAAGAUAUUGCCAAUGGCUUGAAAUAUAUUCAUGCAGAGAAUAUUAUACAUUGUGAUUUGAACUCAAAAAACAUAAUGAAUCACGAUGAUAAAUUGAUGAUAAUUGGUUUUAGUUCAUCCAUGUCACUUGACCAUGAUAGCGAAACAGAGCCUACGAUAAAACUUACUGAUGAAAAUGUCAUUAAUCUCCUCAAAGAUAUUGAGCUAGAUUGUUUAUAUCGAGAUUAUGAUUAUAUUCCAAAAAUUUGUUUAGGGAGAAAUGAUACUUCCGUAUCAAAAAAAGAACCUUGCUUAAUGGUGAUUAAGGGUUCACCUCAGAAUCAAUACUUUUUCCUUCGUCUAGAUGAAACAUUUAUAGGAAGGAAGAAUUCAAAUCACAUCAUUAUAAAAGAUCAUGAAAUUGCUAAAAAACAUGCAAGUAUUAAAAGUUUCCAAGGAAAAGUUACCAUCACCAACUUAGAUUCAGGAUCAGGAAUUUCUAUUAAUGGUGAAAAACUUUUAUUUCACGAUUCCCGUACUUUAAAAAGAGAUGACAGGAUUAAAAUGGGAUGCAGUAUUUUUCAAUACCUUCCUGCUGGAGAAUAUGAGAACCGCAUUGAUAAACUUCUACCGAUUUAUAACAGGGCUUAUUUGGAGAAAAGCUUGGAAAAUGAAUUCUUGAACGCAAGAGAAAAUGAGCAGAAUUUGAGUUUGCUAUUUUUUGAUUUGGAUAAUUUCAAAAGUAUCAAUGAUGGAAAUAACCAUGAAGCUGGUGACUACGCUUUAAAAGAAUUAGCUAAGCUGAUUCAAAAUGCUCAUGCUCGUGCUGAAGACAUUUUUGCACGAUAUGGCGGAGAUGAGUUUACAAUUCUUCUCAAGAAUGCUGAUUUAAAGUCGGCCUCUGAAAUUGCUGAGAAAAUUCGAACUUCUGUUGAAGCCCACUCAUUUACUUAUAAAGAAAAAAAAUUACCAGUUACACUUAGCAUUGGAGUUUCUGGAAUGAAUUCAUCGGUAGAAACUUAUAAUGACUUGUUAGUUCAUGCUGAUGAAGCUUCAAAGAAGGCAAAGGAGUAUGGUCGCAAUCAGGUAAUAAUAUGGGAGAAUGAACACAAUAUAAAGCAUUUGAAGGAGGCGCAACAGCUUGUCUUGAAACAAAGUCGAGGAGAACUGUUAAGCGAAUUAGGUGGAUUGGAUGAAUUGAAAAAUCGAUAUCUAGAAGACUUGAAUGAAACUUGUGAAUUUAAAGAAGCACUAGACUUAUAUGUCAAGCCGCGAGGGACAUGGAGCGUGCCAAUUAUCAAGCCAUUAGAUGGUAAAGAGGAAAUGGGUUACGAAGUAAAGGAAGGUGAUAUUGAACAAGUAGUUAUGGGUUUUUUGACCUCAAGGGAUAAACUCAUUUCAAAUGAUGUAGAAAUUUUGGAGAAAGCAGCCAAUAAGUUUUUGAGUUCAAAGGAAAGGAAGCCAUUAAUUGAAAAAGUUAAUAGUUUUUUUGCACUAGAGAAUCAAUUAACUUUGGAGGAUAUAAAUUUUUUGAAGGUAGCGAUUAAUCAAUUUUUAGCCUUAAAGGAUCAGAAGGCCUUGAAGCUUCUGGAGAUGGCGAUAAAUGAAUUUUUAGAAUCAUCAAAAAAUGAGAGAGUAUUAAAGAAUACAAUCCAUAAAUUUUUGGAAAGCCCACUGGUUUUGGAAAAUAAACUGUCGUUGAAAAAUAAAUUAGACUUAAUAAAUCAAAUAACUAAAGACGAUGUGAUAACUUUGAAAGAAGCUUCAAAAGAUAAAAAAGAUUUUGAAGCAACUGCUACUAGACUUUUAAAUUUCAAAGCUAAAAAAGUUUUGGAGACAGCAGUAAAUCACCUCCUAACCCAGAAGCGUAAAAGAGUAUUGUUGAUAUUAGGUAACGGAGGAACGGGUAAAUCGACGUUUAACCGUCACCUUGCUCGUAGUCUAUGGAAAGAAUAUGACCAACAAAACAUGAAGCAACCACUUAUUCCUUUAUUUAUCGCACUAGCACCACUAGAAGGGCUGAUAAAUCGAGAUC